CACCCAAGCAUCCGCCCAUACGGGCACAGAGCCUAGCAGGGCAACAGGCAAUCACUAAAAAUUCUCACUCACUAUGGCUCUGUCAUCGGCAACAUCACCAAAGGGGGUGGUGAUAUCAGUCCCAGUACUGGUUCUCUCAGUAGCCACCGCUGCAAUUUUUUUCUUCUUCCUACUAUCCUCCCUUUCUUCCUCCCCUCCUCCUUGCUCCUGCCCCACCACUCCUAUUUCCACGGGGUAUUCAAGAACUGAUGAUAAAUCAAUUGGGUUCUCGGGCCGGAUCUCGGCUUCAAAAGAGGACAUAGAUUGGGUUAAAUGCCAGAUCGAUGCCAAUGGCCUCCACAUGGCCGAAAAUGUGCUCCGUAAAGGCAUUAAUCCCAGAACCCGCGAACAACAGCUCCAGGAUCUCCUCCAGUUUAAGGGCAUAUCACACUAUGAAGGAGAGGAAGGAAAAAAUCACACUGCUCUUCCAUGCCCUAGUGAGCUCCUCGUAGAACAGCACCACAGCAACUAUGGGGAGCCUUGGGCUGGAGGCCGAGAUGUUUUUGAAUUCCUUGCAGAGUCAAUCCAUCUGACUCCUGACUCUCGUGUUCUUGAGAUUGGAUGUGGAACACUGCGCGUCGGCUCGCAUUUUAUACGCUACUUGAACCCCACACAUUUCCAUUGUUUAGAGAGAGAUGAGCUCUCUCUAAUGACGGCAUUUAGGUACGAGCUUCCUUCUCAAGGUUUACUGCAUAAGCGUCCUCUGAUUGUUAGAGGUGAUGACAUGGACUUUAGUAAGUUUGGAUCUGAAGAUUUGUACGAUUUGAUAUAUGCAAGUGCCGUUUUUCUCCAUAUUCCAGAUAAGCUUGUCUGGGUUGGAUUAGAGAGGUUAGUGAAUAGAUUGAAACCUUUAGAAGGUAGAAUUUUUGUGUCACACAACAUAAAGUUCUGUUCGCGGCUGGGAGGAGAAGAAUGCACGAGAAGGCUAAAUCAUUUAGGAAUCGAGUAUCUUGGAAAGCACACUCAUGAUAGUUUACUUUUUAAUCACUAUGAGAUCUGGUAUGAAUUUAGGCGAUCAAAACUUUGAGUUAGACAGAAUAUUUGUAGCCAAAUUUCAUGGCAUCAUGAAGCUCGAUGGGGCUGCCCCAAAAACUUGCUGCAGUGACAUCAACCAUGUUGAGGCAUUUUUUCUGUGCAACUUAUUGUGCUGCAUACAUGUCGUCUGUUGCUGAUCUUUAUUAUAAGAAGAAUCGGAUUCAUUCUCUACGACAGAUAAGCUGAGUGGAUUAUGACUUUGUUCAAGUGACAAGACACCUGCUUCACGUUUUUCAUGAGAAAGUGGGUAUACAUGCGCUUGUAUUCUAUGUGCAGAUGCUGGUUGUAGAGUCAUGGAGGUGAAAUUAUACGCAGCUGGUGGUCCAUUUAUCCAUGUUUGAAAUGCUGGAGAGGGUUCUAUCUGGAAACAUCUGCUGACCUGCAUUUCUUUCUAGUGUAUAUUGGACGAUGGUCAAUGAUUUCAACGGACAUCGAUCAGUGAUCCAAAUUCUGUUUGUCAUCACGGAACCCCAUUCUGACUGACUUCAUUUGUACUUCUAUGACUGUUCUGCUUGCUUAAUGAUGAAAGAUAUGCUGAUUUCUGCCA